AUGAACAAAUCUAAGAUGAUUUCAGACGAGAUUGACGGAGCGACGAGACAAGGCCACGAAGAACUUGCCAAAGGAAACAUCGAAGAGGCCUGUAGUUCGUUUGAAAAGGCUGUCCAACUUGCGGAGGAUCUCAAGGAGGGCUUUACUGAAAGAGCGUGCUAUUUCAACUUAGGAGCAUGUUACGUCGCGCGGGGUGAUGCUAAACGAGGUGUCGAAUUUUUGCUCAAAGCUUUUCCUCCAGAAAAGGAAUCAGAUGGCGUCACAAACUAUGCGGAUUUGCAAUACAAUUUAGCAACAGCGUAUGAUGCUCUUGGUGAGGUAGACGAGGCUGUAAAAUACUAUGAAAUCGCCGCAGAGGAAUAUAAGACGCAAGGAAAUGAAGAAAUGCGAGGGGAAACUCUCCUUAAACUGGGCAAUGAUUGUACGAAUCGCGGUGAAAUUAAAAAAGCCGCUGAAUUUUAUCAGCAGGCUGCUGAAAUUUUCCAAGAACUUGGUGAUAAAAAGACUCAGCUACUUAUUUUAAACAAUCUCGCUAGCUUACUUGCGGAGCUUCGCGACAUAGCACGCUGCGGAGCAGUGCUAACUCAGGUUAUUGAAUUGUGCGUUGAAGUUGAUGACGUUCCUCUUAAGGGU